UACAUCAUUUCUCCCAAAAAAAAAUUUCAUGAAUCAUGCACGGCUGACUGUGCGCCGUAUUCGACCUGGCGUAGGUUGAGAAAAUGAUUGUUAAAAAUGCUAUAUUACGCACCGUCAAGUCUGUGCCUUAUAACGAAGACUGGACGACUAGACAGACAGGACAAUUUUUGGGGGAAAUUUUGACUCAUUUUUGAUGCCAACCUCCAUUGCAGAAUUCAAGUUUCAGGUUCUACUGUUUACAUAUAUAUUUUUCUCGGAGAAACAGAAACUCUCAAUGUAGCUACAUUUCAAGAUCCUUUUCGGAAUUUUCAAUUUAGGGUUUGAUGUCACUCUUUUAGCCUUAUUGGGGUGGUUAAUUAUUUCAAUAUUCUGGUUGAGUUAUGGUGCUCUGUUGAAUUGUGAUGAAGUGUGUGGAUAUACCUGAAUGGCUUAAAGGGUUGCCCGUGGCACCUGAAUUUCGGCCUACUGAUACUGAAUUUGCUGACCCGAUUGCCUAUAUAUCCAAAAUUGAGAAGGAAGCUAGUGCUUUUGGUAUAUGUAAGGUGGUUCCACCAUUGCCCAAACCUUCAAAGAAGUAUGUCCUGCAUAACUUGAACAUGUCUCUAUCCAAGUGCCCCGACUUUGGUUUGGACGGCAAUUUUGAUCCUUCGUCUAUAAAAAGUGGUGAGGAUAAGCAAAAUGUUGAGAGUGGCCACUCUAGGGCAGUUUUUACGACGAGACAUCAGGAAUUGGGACAUAGUGAAAAGAGGAAGUUGAAAGGGGCAGUUGGUGGUCUGCCAUUGGGAGCUCAAAAGCAAGUGUGGCAAAGUGGACAAGUUUAUACAUUAGAGCAGUUCGAAACCAAGUCCAAGAACUUUGCCAGGAAUCAAUUGGGGAUGGUUAAGGAGAUUUCUCCGUUUGUUGUGGAGGCAAUGUUUUGGAAGUUGGCUUUUGAGGAGCCUAUCUACGUGGAAUAUGCAAAUGAUGUGCCCGGUUCUGCAUUUGGGGAGCCUGAGGGACUCUUUAAUAAUUGUCGCAGGAGGAAAAGGGCGGCAUGCAAGAGGAAAAUUCUUGAUAGAAAUAGUGGAGGAUUUUCUCGUUUUAACAAUGAUGAAAUAGGUACUUUGGGUAGUAGUGUGGACAAAGGUUUGUGUCAUAGUGUAGAGACACCAUCCUCUUCUUUGUUAACCCCUAUAUCAAACAAAUACACAAACUCAUCCACUUUUAGGCCAAAAGGUUGUGGUAAUGCUGGUGAAAUGGAAGGUAGUGCUGGUUGGAAGCUUGCAAACAGUCCUUGGAAUUUGCAAGUAAUUGCACGCUCGCCUGGUUCACUGACUCGAUUCAUGCCAGAUGAUAUCCCUGGUGUUACUUCUCCCAUGGUCUAUAUAGGGAUGUUGUUUAGCUGGUUUGCUUGGCAUGUUGAGGAUCAUGAGCUUCACAGUCUGAAUUUUCUUCAUACAGGAUCCCCUAAGACUUGGUAUGCUGUGCCUGGAGAUUGUGCAUUUGGCUUUGAAGAAGUCAUUCGUUGUCAUGCUUAUGGAGAAACAACUGAUCGAUUAGCUGCUCUUGCGCUAUUGGGCGAGAAGACCACUCUUUUAUCACCUGAAGUUCUGGUAGCAUCAGGCAUCCCCUGCUGCAGGUUGGUACAAAAUCCUGGUGAAUUUGUUGUCACUUUCCCGCGGGCCUACCAUGUAGGUUUCAGCCAUGGCUUCAAUUGUGGCGAGGCUGCCAACUUCGGUACUCCACAGUGGCUUGCAGUAGCCAAAGAAGCUGCUGUUCGUCGAGCUGCCAUGAACUAUCUACCUAUGCUCUCUCAUCAGCAGUUGCUUUAUCUGCUGACAAUGUCUUUUGUUUCAAGUGUGCCAAGAUCUCUGUUGCCCGGGGUUCGAAGCUCUCGUAUGAGAGGUCGUCAGAAGGAAGAAAGGGAGUUUCUGGUAAAGAAGGCCUUCAUUGAGGAUAUAGAAAAGGAGAGCAACUUGGUAAAAGUUUUACUUCAGAAAAGCUUUGCUGACAAUGCAAUGUUGUGGGAUGUGGAUAUGCUGCCAUCUUCAGGUAAAGAAUCGGGACUGCACAAGCAUGUUAGUGCGGAUGCUUCUAGAGGGAACAGCCAGUCUGACAGCGAUAGUCAGGAUCUAUUAGACCAGAUGAGCUUAUACAUGGAAAAUUACAGUGACUUCUAUGUGGAUGACGAUGUGUCAUGUGAAUUUGAAAUCGAUUCUGGGACAUUACCCUGUAUUGCUUGCGGGAUUCUUGGUUUUCCAUUUAUGGCUUUGGUGCAACCAUCGGAAAAGUCUGCAAAACACCUUUUUCCUGAGGAUUUUCAGAAUAAACAAGAACCCGGAGUACUAAAACAUGUGGAGUCUGAUUCCCAUUCAGAUCAUAGGGGCAUGCUUGAGGACUAUAAUGGAGUUGACAGAAUUGGAAGAAAUGGAGUACAUUCCCUUAACCAGGAUGAAGUGUCUUUGUAUGCCCAGCCAAGCGAGUCUGCAGUUUCUCCGCACGAGGGUCAAACAUCACAGUCUCAUCAUCUUUCACAUACAGAUAAUGCAGUUCUGACUUCAAAAGUUGACUUUGAGAAGGAAUGUGAUGUUUCUAGAGGUCUUGUAAGACCUCAAAUAUUUUGCCUUGAGCACGCAAUUCAGACUGAAGAACUACUGCGUACUAAAGGUGGAGCAAAUGUUCUUGUGAUCUGCCAUUCAGACUUCCAAAAAAUAAGGGGACAUGCUGCUAUUGUUGCAGAGGAAAUUGACACGACAUACAAAUAUAAUGAGAUUCCACUGGCUAAUGCCUCGCAAGGACAUCUUUCGUUGAUUGAUCUUGCAAUGAGGGAUGAAGAAGAAGGCAAAUGUGCAGAAGAUUGGACACUGAAAUUAAAUAUUAAUUUAAGGCACUGCGUGAAGGUGCAAAGGAAUUAUCCACUUAAGAAAUUAAAACAUGCACUGAUUUUGGGUGGAUUAUUCUCUGAUACAACUCGCAGUUCAGAUUCCUUGAGUCCCCUCAAGUGGCAGUCCAGAAAAGUACGCUCAAAGAGAAAGUUGAAUAAUUCAACAGAAAGUACACCAUUUGCAAAUGUUCAAAUAGAGAAGGUAGUUGAUUCAGGAUCCACAGUGGACAUGCAGAACACCAGAAACAGGAAUAUAAGAAUCCAGUAUUCCCGGAAGAAAUACAAGCGUAAGGCUUGUAGUUUUGUGGAUCCUUUUAAUGAUUCAAAAGAAGUUUUACUUGCAGAUGCAAAAACAUUGGGAAGUACCCUCCAUAGGGAUGAAAAUGCAGGCACAACUUCUGUAGCGGGAAGGUUCGUUGCUGCUUCUGAUGAGAAACCCCUAUUGCGACAUGAACAUGAGAUGCUUUUACUAAACAGAGAUCAAAAUGGGAAUCUUCUUGCACCACAAGAAGCAGAUUUACUUGUGACCACUUCUUUAGUGGUGGAACUCGAUGAAGCCCGGGCUGAAAUUUGUACUACUGAGAAGUUUUCAUUGGAGAAUAAAACUUGUAUUACAAAUUCAAGUACUUGCCAUACAGAGAAUAAGACCACGGCUGCAGAGACUAGUGGAGAAACUGAAAUAACACAUGUGCAUGUGGUUCAAAGCACUGCAUAUAAUGAAAAGCUGGAGGAGAAUCGGGAUAUGACAGAAUCUGUCAUCAGAGGUAAGUCUGCUCAACUGAUGGAAGCAGAUUUUGAAAGAGAUUAUCAUAGUGGGGAUGAUAAAGCUAUUAUGACCAGAUCUCUCGUGCCUGUCAACUCCUCAGGAUGUUGCACUGAUGGUCCUUCUAGAAGUUGUGAUGCAAAGAUUGAGGAUCAAGUUUCAGAACAAUUUGGCUCCGGUAGUGAGGCAUCUGAUAGUGAUACUUCACACAAAUCUGUGGAGCAAGAAAUCCAAAUUGAUAAUUCAGUUAAGGACAUAGCUGUCUCUGACCAUGUCACACCCAUAGAAGAAGCUUCCGCUUCAGCAGGAAGUCUCAAAAUGACAACAAAGACAUCUAGGAUUAAGCACUCACAGAGUGGCAAUGGCAUCUCUGAGCAGGAUAAGAAAGAGUCAAAUGAGGAUACCUCUGCCAUAGUAUUAAGGCUGACUGGAAAAAGUGGUGGCAAAAGGAGCGAGCUAGAUCUCCUUACGAAUGAUGGACAUAGUGUUGGUGGCUUUGCUAAAAGUCCAUGUGAAGGUUUAAGGCCACGGGCUAGGAAAAAUGUACCUGGGAGCAGAGUUGAUACUAAGGAACUUCUUGAGAAGAAAUCCAUGGGAAAUAAGGUGAGGAGGUCUUUACAUAGUUCCAUCUCCCCCAAGGAUAAGAAAGAACAGAGGAAGGGAGCUCAUAGGUGUAACUUGGAAGGCUGCUGGAUGAGUUUCCAGACAAAGGUAGAGCUGCAACUGCACAAACAUAACCGCUGCCCCAUUGAAGGGUGUGAGAAGAAAUUUACCUCCCACAAAUAUGCCCAGGUUCAUCAACGCGUUCAUGAAAAUGAUAGGCCCCUCAAAUGUCCAUGGAAGGGCUGCACCAUGACAUUCAAGUGGGCCUGGGCAAGAACUGAACAUUUGCGCGUACAUACUGGUGAGCGGCCAUAUAAGUGCAAGGUUGAGGGUUGUGGACUUACUUUUAGGUUUGUAUCAGAUUAUAGUCGGCAUAGACGGAAAACUGGCCAUUAUGUAGACGCGGUUAAUUGACAUUAGUUACUUUAAUCCGGUUGGUCUUGUAAUGUACGAAAUACUGGGACUGCCAGAGUUCGAUUCUGGGGUUGAAAAGACAAUCUUAAGAAUCAUGUGAGAAAAAUGGGCUCUUAUCAGUUUUACCAUGGGGUAGUAGUAGUGUUACCAUUUUGUAAAGUGCCUGUGUUCAGUAUCAUCUCUCAAUCAAAAUUAAAAUUGCACGUCAUUCUUUCAAAUUUUUGUCUGGGGAAGGGAGGGCCUAAGCGAACAAGACCUGUUUUGGGUACUCUAGUAAUGCUGGAGUUUGGACCGUCAAUAAUAUGAUCAUGUAGAAUAUCCAACUGAAACUGCAGCUUCUGCUGGACGGUCUGCUUUUCAAUGUUAUGAAGCCAUGAUGGAAGUCAGUUUUUUAAA